GGCCUGCUGGAGCGGCGCGAGGCGGGCGAGCGGCGGGCCGCCGCCGGCGGGCCUGUCCCCGAGGUGGAAGAGGGCGAGGCCUCGACAUCGCGCUCGGGAUCGUCGUUCUCACCGGCGGCGUCGCUGGCCAGCAGGAUGCCGAACAUCAAGCUCUUCAGCGGCUCCUCGCACCAGGACCUGUCGCAGAGGAUCGCCGACCGGCUGGGCCUCGAGCUGGGCAAGGUGGUCACCAAGAAGUUCUCCAACCAGGAGACGUGCGUGGAGAUCGGUGAGAGCGUGCGCGGCGAGGACGUCUACAUCGUCCAGAGCGGCUGCGGCGAGAUCAAUGACCACCUGAUGGAGCUGCUAAUCAUGAUCAACGCCUGCAAGAUUGCGUCUGCCAGCCGAGUGACAGCAGUCAUUCCCUGCUUCCCCUACGCCCGGCAGGACAAGAAGGACAAGAGCCGGGCGCCCAUCUCCGCCAAGCUCAUCGCCAACAUGCUCUCGGUGGCCGGCACUGACCACAUCAUCACCAUGGACCUGCACGCCUCUCAGAUCCAGGGCUUCUUCGACAUCCCUGUCGACAACCUGUAUGCCGAGCCAGCCGUUAUGAAGUGGAUCAAGGAGAACAUCGCCGAGUGGAAGAACUGCACCAUCGUCUCGCCGGACGCCGGGGGGGCCAAAAGGGUGACAUCCAUCGCCGACCACCUGAACGUCGACUUUGCCCUCAUCCACAAGGAGCGCAAGAAGGCCAGCGGGGUCGACCACAUGGUCCUGGUGGGCGAUGUCAAGGACCGGGCGGCCAUCUUGGUGGACGACAUGGCCGACACCUGUGGGACCAUCUGCCACGCUGCCGACAAGCUCCUCUCGGCAGGCGCCACCCGAGUCUACGCCAUCCUGACGCAUGGUAUCUUCUCCGGCCCAGCCAUCUCCCGGAUUAACGGCGCAGGGUUCGAGGCCGUCGUCGUCACCAACACCAUCCCACAGGAGGAGAAGAUGAAGCACUGCCCCAAAAUUCAGGUGAUUGACAUCUCCAUGAUCCUGGCCGAGGCCAUCCGCCGCACCCACAACGGUGAAUCCGUCUCCUACCUGUUCAGCCACGUCCCGCUAUAGUUCCUGACCCAGGCACACAAAUUCAACAGUCCUGUGUGCAUGUACAGAGUGCUGAGUUGGCUUUAUCCCACGAUUCCCCACUUUUCGAUUCAGGGCGCCUGGUGGGUGGGAAUUUUAGCGCGGGUCUAAUUUGGGGGUCAUUUUAUGCACUCGUUUCUCUGGUUCUUUCACUUCCCGAAAUCCCCUUUCAAUUGGGGGCGUCUGGUGGUCGGAAUUUAAAAUGCGGUAUUUAUUGUUCAUUUCCGACGGGGUGAUCCAAUCCCUUGGUGUUGGCGCUACAAUUCCCCGCCCCUUGAUUUGGUGUUUUGACGCUAUGGCUCCCAGCCCCAAAUCCCAUUCGUUCCCCUCUUUUCUGGUAUCCCAUGCUUGUUUCCUUCCCCCCAAAAACCCACCAUUUUUCGGGAAUCAGGGCGCCUGGCGUUGACCCUAGAAUUUCCCCCGAAGCGCCCAGUGGCGCCACGACUCCCCUAAACCCCAUUCAUUUCAUUCUGUCUCCUGUCGCCCCCCCCAAGUACACUUAAUUUCGAACUUGGAUCCAGGCACUAGAAUUCCCCCUAGGCGUCCGGCGGUGCUAUGGCUCCCCUAAGCCCCAUUCAUUUCGUUCUGUCUCCUAUUGCCCCCAGAAUACACUUAAUUUUGCGCUUGAAUUCCCUGCCCUCGAGUAUUCAUUUCAUCCAAUCUCACCUCUGAUCCCCAUUAUUUCCCCACCCACCCAAUUUUUUCAGAUUCUGGUCUCUGAUCCUGGGCAGCAGUGUGGGAAUUCUAGCGUGUUUUAAAUUAAAAAUUUAUAUUAACCUGCGGUUAAUAUACGGUAGUAUGGGGUGUGUCCUGUUCAUUUCAGAGGGGAAAAUCGCUGCUGCAAUUCUCCCCACUCAGAAAACCCUUCACCCUCGGGUGCCCAGUUGAGAAUUAUAGACUACUGGAGCUCCUCCCCCCCCCCCCCCGUUCCAUGUUUGCGUCCUGGCGAUGGAUGAAUGAAUAAUAAACUCUCAUUUAAAAGCCCAAAAUCUCUAUUUCUUCAUUUGCGGGGUGGGUGGACCGCAGCUCGGCAUGCUGGGAGUUGUAGUUUCUUCCUCUUCUACGGUUUCCUUGAGAUAGGGAAGCUUUUUAUAUUUGAUGAAUUAUUGUGUUCAUGAGACUUUCGGGUAUAGGGCGGCAUAAAAUAAAUAUUUUGCAGGAAGCCAGAUGGGCAGGGUAUAUUAUUAUUAUUAUUAUUAUUAUUAUUAUUAUUAUUAUUAUUAUUAUAUUUAUUUAUUUAUUCCUCCAAAUAUUUUUAUUGAAACUUAACAUACCGGUAUAUGCAUAAUAACCAAAAUUCCCAAUGAUUCCUUCACAUAAAAUAUAAUAUCUAAAUUACAACAGCUACUUAAUUAUAAAACCCACCACCCACCCUCUACUUCUCUCCACAGCAAUUCUACUUCUUUAUAUUUCUUUCUACCUUUUUUCCUUGCAUUCUAUAAUAAAUUACAUUCUGGUUUUUCCUUCUUUCUUUAUUGUUUUUGUUAUUGCUUACAUUUUUUAUUCUAAGCCUAUUAGCAUCUCAUUUUUAGAACAAUAUUUUGACAUAUAAUCUUCGAAAUACUUCCACUCCAUUCUUAACUUUUGAUUUGAUUGAUAUCUUAUAAUUGAAGUUAAUUUUACCAAUUCUAUAUACUCACUUAAUUUACAAAUCCACGCUUCCUUUGUUGGUGUGUCCUGAGAUUUCCAUUUAGUGGCAAUUACUGGUACUACCCUGGCAGCUGUUGUUGCAUAUAAAAAGAUUGCUUUUUUUCAUUUGUGGUACAUCUUUGCCCACCAACCCUAACAGAUAAGCUUCGGGAUUUUAUCAAGGGAUUUUUUAACAUUUUCUUAAGUUCCUCAUGUAUUAUUCCCCAAAACUUCUUUAUUUCCUUGCAACCCCACCACAUAAGAAUUAUCGUUCCAGGUUCUUUGUUACAUUUCCAACAAACGUUGGAUUUUAAUUUAUAUAUUUUGGCGAGUUUGACUGGUGUUAAAUACCACCUGUAAAACAUUUUAACAACAUUUUCCUUUAUCGUAUAGCAGGCGGUAAAGCGGAUAUCCUCGCGACAGAGUUUCUCCCAUUGUUCUAAAUAUAUAGCGUGGCCGAUAUCUUGUGCCCAUUUGCCCAUUGUUUAUUUUACCUCUUCAUCAAAUCAUAGUCCUAUAAUAGAGUGUAAAUUUUUGAUAAUAAUUCCUAUUCUUUUGUAAUAUAAUGGUGCUAAAUAGUGUUUGUUCUUUGGCAAAACCUUUUCUUUGAUCUGCAUUAAAGACACUUUUUAAUUGUA